AGCGUACUUGCAAUAAUUUUGUCCCAAAUUCACUUUCUCUUCCGAACUGAUCCUCCGCUUCGUCAAUCAAUCCUCGUUGCUUAGAUAUGAAUGUAGAUACAGAAGCUGUGUGUAUGGAUAAUCUGCUUUGGGUUCGGAAGAGUCUAGAACGGGGUUAAUAUAGCGGGUGAUGUGAAGAGAUGGAGUGAUCGGGGCCGUUGGAUGGGGUGAUGAGAUUGGAGUGUUGAUAUAUGACAUGAGUCUGUUGAAUAAAGAAAUCUGUUAAGAAGUGUUAUUGUUGACGUAGCUGUCCUUAAAAUGCCUGCCCAGAAGGUUGAAAUAGGUCACACAGACACUAUCCAUGAUGUAGUAAUGGAUUAUUAUGGGAAGCGUGUGGCAACUGCUUCAUCAGAUGGCACUAUAAAAAUUACUGGUGUGAGCAACAAUGGCAGUUCACAACAUCUUGCUACUUUGACUGGUCAUCAAGGCCCUGUUUGGCAAGCUGCUUGGGCACAUCCCAAGUUUGGAACAAUCCUUGCAUCAUGUUCCUAUGAUGGUAGAGUCAUACUCUGGAAAGAAGGCAACCCAAACAACUGGACGCAGGCUCAUAUUUUCAGUGACCAUAAAUCAUCGGUCAACUCUAUUGCUUGGGCACCUCAUGAGCUUGGCCUUUCCUUGGCUUGUGGAUCAUCUGAUGGGAAUAUUUCAGUCUUUACAGCCAGAACUGAUGGUGGUUGGGACACCACCAGAAUUGACCAAGCACAUCCUGUCGGAGUAAGCUCAGUAACAUGGGCUCCUUCAAUGUCUCCUGGUGCUGUCGUUGGAUCAGGUAUUCUGGAUCCUGUUCAGAAGUUAGCUUCUGGUGGCUUUGAUAAUACUGUGAAGGUGUGGAAGCUUGACAAUGGAAAUUGGAAAACUGACUGCUUACCAUCCCUUCAGAUGCACAAAGAUUGGGUAAGAGAUGUAGCGUGGGCGCCUAACUUGGGGCUUCCAAAGUCUACAAUGGCUAGUGCUUCCCAGGAUGGAACAGUUGUGAUAUGGAAUGUGGCAAAGGAGGGUGACAAAUGGGAGGGUAAAGUAUUGAAUGACUUUAAGAUGCCUGUUUGGAGGGUUUCGUGGUCUUUGACAGGAAAUUUGUUGGCCGUGGCUGCAGGGGAUAAUGAUGUGACCAUGUGGAAAGAAACAGUUGACGGAGAUUGGCAACAAGUGCCUAUUGACCAAUAGAUGCUGUUUUUUUUUCUGACUUUCUUUUAAGACUCAGUUUUCCUGUAUAACUGUUUGUUUCUGGCUUGGAUUCUGUAAUAAGUUUUUGCGAUGUUAUAAGCUUGUCAUACUCCGAAGGAAAUGAGCAUUGAAUUUUCAUUUUUA